AUGUUCUCUCUCUUUCUGGCUAGUCUUCUGAUGGCCAAGGCCGCUCUAGGUCAGACAGUAAACCUGGAUGCCUUGUUCCGCCCUGUUCUGUCCCCUGAGGCCGAGAUCUUCUAUCCCUCGUGGGCGAACUGGACUGACAAUGUCCAACAACGAUGGACGGACUACCUCGCCCCUUCGUACCUUGGGGCCAUCAAGGCUGCGACAGUCCAAGAUGUCCAGAAUAUAGUUAAACUUGCAACGAAUCACAGUAUCCCCAUUCUAGCUACUGGCGCCGGACAUGGUGUAUCAUCAGGAUUUGCACGCAUGAACGGCAUUGAUAUUGAUCUCAGCAACUUCCGGUACGCUGAGCUGGAUGAGACCGGUAACCAUGUCACCAUCGGCGGGGCAACCAAAUUCCUCGAGAUUUGGGACGCUCUUUGGCCCGCCGGCAAGGAAGUUCAAACUGGGGCGGCUUCCUGCGUCGGUGCUCUCGGCGCAACGCUCGGGGCUGGAAUUGGCCCCCUGCAAGGCCGGCAUGGCCUGAUGAUUGAUGCCCUCGAAUCGGUACAGCUCGUCACUGCCGAGGGCGAGCUGGUCACGGCCUCCAAGACUGAGAACGCGGAUCUCUUUUGGGGUCUCCGCGGCGCAGGCUGGAACUUUGGCAUUGUCGUCGAAGCCACCUUUGAGGUCUACGACGCGACGUGGGGGGGCGACGUGCUCGAGGGAGACAUGCGAUUCCCAGCGAGCCUGAACGAGUCUUACUGGAAGGCUCUCGCAGCGCUUGACGAGACGCUUCCAGAUAUUCUGUCCAUCACGACGGUUCUUUCAUAUAGUGCUGCAACGAACUCGUCUGUCAUCACCGCCAACUUUAUCUACUUUGGCCCCGAAGAAGAGGCCCAGCAGUAUAUACAACCCUUCUACGACAUAGGCCCAAUUGCCAAGAACUUCACUGUGGUUCCCUGGAAUAUUCUCUAUGCAGCGCUGUACUUCGGCGCCCCCAGCACCGCCUGCACGGAAAACAAUCACCUGUUCAACGGUGGUGCUGCAGUCACCCACACCGAUGUCGAUGCCUUCGUCCAAUACACGAACCGUUUCACCUCAUUCUGGCACGAUCAUCCUGGUGUGUCACCGUCGCUCGUAAUCUCCCGCUUCCCAACCCAGGGGGUUCGUGCCGUUCCGGACGAGGAGACCGCAUUCCCCUACCGAGAUAUCAACACGCAUCUGUACUGGCAGGAUAUCUUUGAGUACGAUGCAUCAUUAGAGCCCGUGGUUUAUGACUUCCUAGUUGAGUCGAGGGAUCACUUUACCAAGACGAGUGGCUUUGACAACCUCACGCUCUAUAAUAAUUACGCGCAGGGUGAUGAGGGCCCGGAGGUCCUGUACGCCCACAAGCUGCCGAAGCUGGUUGAGUUGAAGAGGAAGUGGGAUCCGAACGAGGUGUUUAGUUUCUAUAACCCAAUCCCCGUGAACUGGCCGUAG